AUGGCUGGCAUCAAAUAUUUACUAUUAUCUGCUCUAAUCUCUCUUGUCGCUGCUGACACCAACAGUGCUCAACUGGCAGAGAUUCAAUUAUUGGUUAACGAUAUCACUUCUAACCAACAAGAAUAUUUAUCAUUGAUUGCUAACGGUCAAAUCACUUUACCAGCUGAUUUAUUAGCUUUGUACGGUGUUUACGCCACCGCUACUGACAGUGCUUACACUACUCUUUUCACUCAAAUCAAUCCAACUGAAGUGCAAUCCUUGGUUACGCAAUUGCCAUGGUACUCUUCCAGAUUGGAAAGUGGAUUUGAAUCCAUUCAAGCCGCUGCUUCCGGUGCUGUUUCAGGUGCUUCCUCUGCUUCUGCCGCUUCCUCCUCCGCUUCCAGCUCUAGCUCCUCCUCCUCGUCUGCUUCUGCUGUGUCCUCAGCCGUAUCUGCUGCUUCUUCCAGAGCUUCUUCUGUUUCUGCUGCUGCUUCCUCCAGAUCUUCUUCUGUUUCUUCUAGACUUUCUUCUAUUUCCGCUGCUGUUUCUUCUAGACUUUCUUCUGCUUCUGCUGCUUCCUCAUCCGAAACCUCUUCUGCCUCAUCCGAAGCCUCUUCUGCCUCUUCCUCUAGAGCUUCUUCUGCAUCUUCUUCCUCCAGCGCUUCUUCUAGCGCUUCUUCCACCUCAAACGCUGGUAACGCCGUCGGUGUCAGCGUUGGUGCUGGUUUAGCUGCUGUAGCUGCUAUGUUGAUCUAA